AUGUUUUACAAGGACCAAUACGCCGCCCUCUCCUCAAACAACCCAGACUGCGCCCGGGACGGUGAGCCCGAGGAGUACCCUCUGACCGAGGACGGCAGCCAGCCCACACCACCGAUCCGCUACGGUCACCGAAGGCGAUACCCGUGGGUGGUGCUGGCAGUGCUGGCCCAGGUCGUCUACACGGUUUUGGUGCUCGUCGCCGCGCGCGAGUUCUACUACAAGCGCGUCUGUGCGGCCAUUGCCGCGCCUGAUCUCUAUGGCGCCUGGAGCGUCCUGGAGUACCGCGAGGUGCCUGGCGACCAUCAAGAGCCUGACGAGAAUCACCCGUUCCUAGGAACGCCUAGCCCGUCGCUUGAUCGGCACUGGCAUGAGCUUUUGUCUACAUUCCGGGACCGCCUCUCCAGCAAAGAGGUCAAAAGAUUAGGGAUCGAGGAAGGAUCCAUCUGGCUGGACGACGACAUCGGCGAGUAUUACGGGAGUGUAUGGGUUGGGCAUAACCUGCACUGCGUGUUGCCGCAGAAAUACCUAUACGACGGCUUGCAUCGGGAUCACUACUACCCCAAUCUGACCGCGUCAGAAGAGAGUUCCCAUCAGCGGCAUUUGCACCACUGCCUCCACCGCUUGAUGGACGCUCUCAAAUGCCAACCCGACAUGUCCCCUCUGUCCCAGCACUGGGUUGUGAACGAAGUGGUCCCUGUCGUCAACUGGGACGGCGCGAGACACACGUGUGCAAACUGGGAUAAGGUCUUGGAGUGGGCCAAGAACAACCGCAUCGUACCGGCCGGGAAGGCCUCCAUCCCUGAAGUUGCGCCGCAUCCGCUAUAUGCGAAAUUUAUCGACGAACACGGCAAGGCCGACUUUGUGAACAAGGAUGCAAUCAUAGAGUGGGAUUUGCUCUGGGCCCGCCCCGACUGGCAGGAAUUUGCGCGGGAGCACGGGAUUCCGCAGGGAACGAUACCGCCGAAGGAGAUGUUGCGGAACAAGCACGUCGGAUAG